AUGGUAGAGUUUGCCAUUAACAACUCGGUGCAUGCGUCCACGAGACAUACAUCGUUUUACGUGAAUGGCUUGCGCCAUCCGCGUGUACCCACCUUACUAGAGUGUAACUCUGGUUUAAGGGGGGGACAGACUCGUGCGAGCAAACACCAAAUUGGUUCACGCUCAUCACGCUCUGACGAAGAGGUCAUUGCGUUUGAUGCCGAUAUCGAUGACAUCGAUAUCGAAGAAGAUGAUGCCAGUGAGAGUGCGGAAGCCCUCACUGAAGAAACGAUUGAUGUCGCUGCAGGGCACUCACAGCGCACUGAAGCUAACGAGUCAUCAGAUGAGUUCAUACUGGCUCGUGAAACGGUAGUCCGUUUUGUGCAAGACUCCAUCACCGAAACGGUGGAAGAGCAAAAGUAA